CUUUCCGUUCCCUUUCUUUCUUUCUUUUCUUAUUUGGGGGUUUUGUUGUACUGUCUGGGAACCCGGCCCGUCGCCGGUCCCGCUGUUGUCGCUACCAAGGCCACCAUGUCACCUGGUGCGAAGGCCGGCUCCGCAAACGUCUCUUCACGAUUUUGAAGGGAGGAGAGAAAGACGCCCAUUCUUCACAUUGGAGCAGUUUUGAAAAGGCUCGCCUCCAUGGAAGAGGUACAAGAUUUAGCAGAACAGCCAAUAAAAAAGGCCAAGAUGCAGGAAUCAGGAGAACAACUGUUAAGGCAAGUGACCAGCACAGAUAGUAAUGAUCAAAAGCCUGAAUCCUCAAGUCUUGCUUCUAAUCUGUCUAUAUCCAAUCAAAUUAUGCCAUGCACUGACUACAUCUCAAGGUCAUCAAGUGACUAUACCUCACAGAUGUAUUCUGCAAAGCCAUAUGCACACGUCCUUUCUGUACCUGUAUCUGAAACGAUGGCCUCUUAUUCUGGGCAGACUCAAUAUCAAGCACUACCACAGUCCCAGACAUAUGCUGUUUAUCCCCAGACAACCCAAGCCUACGGACUACCUCCUUUUGGUGCACUGUGGCCAGGUAUGAAACCUGAGAGUGGUUUAAUUCAGACUCCAUCUCCAAGUCAGCACAGUGUUCUUACCUGCACUACAGGGUUAACCACAAGCCAGUCCAGCCCAGCACAUUAUUCUUACCCUAUUCAAGCUUCAAGUACUCAUGCCAACUCAAUUUCCACUUCCUCACCUGCUGUCAAUAUUUCAGCUGCCACCGCCAGCAUCUCUCAACAGGAGUAUCCUACGUACACCAUCCUUGGCCAAAGUCAGUACCAGCCGUAUUAUCCCAGUUCAAGUUUUGGCGUGAUAGCACCAGCAGACAGUAGCACAGAGACCAACACGUUAACAUCUGCCACGUAUCCAUCCGAAAAAUCAAAUGCCAUGGUGCCUGCCCAGACGAUUCAGAGACAUUCCUCUGGAGAUCCAUCUGCCAGUCCAUCGUUGCCAAGAGCGACUGCAAGUAAACAUGUAGAUGAGCAAUCUAGGAGAAACAUGACUGGGAAAAACAGAGGCAAGAGGAAAGCAGACGCUUCUUCACCGCAGGACAGUGAACUUGAACGAGUAUUUCUGUGGGACUUGGAUGAGACCAUCAUAAUAUUUCAUUCUCUUCUGACAGGGUCAUAUGCCCAAAAGUAUGGGAAGGAUCCCAGUUUAGUUGUUGGCUUUGGUUUGACAAUGGAAGAAAUGAUUUUUGAAGUGGCCGACACACACUUGUUUUUCAAUGACUUGGAGGAAUGUGACCAAGUACAUGUAGAAGAUGUUGCAUCAGAUGACAAUGGCCAGGAUUUAAGCAACUACAAUUUUUCCACUGAUGGCUUCAGCGGCUCAGGAAGUAAUGCCAAUCAUGGUUCAGCGGGUGUCCAGGGAGGAGUGGAUUGGAUGAGAAAGCUGGCAUUCCGCUACCGGAAGGUGCGCGAGGUCUAUGAUAAAUACAAAAGCAAUGUUGUUGCUCUCCUCAGUCCUGAGAAGAAGGAAGCACUGCAGAGAUUAAGGGAAGAUAUAGAAAUGUUAACAGAUUCUUGGUUGGGAACAGCAUUAAAAUCCCUCCUGCUCAUUCAGUCCAGAAAAAAUUGUGUGAAUGUCCUGAUAACAACCACUCAGCUAGUGCCAGCUCUGGCCAAAGUCCUGCUGUAUGGACUUGGCGAAGUGUUCCCCAUUGAGAAUAUUUAUAGUGCAACAAAAAUAGAUGUGUGUACCUUCCUGGCAGGCAAAGAGAGCUGUUUUGAACGAAUCAUCUCUCGGUUUGGAAAGAAGGUAACCUACGUGGUGAUCGGAGAUGGCCGUGAUGAAGAAAUGGCAGCCAAGCAGCACAACAUGCCGUUCUGGAGAAUCACAAACCACGCGGACUUGGUGUCCCUCCACCAGGCCCUCGAAUUAGACUUUCUGUGAGGACCUGGACAAAAAGCAGCUUGGCCCUGCUCCCAACAGUCAUCUCGUGGCUUCAACAGGAACCAGUCUGGGGAUUUUCUCUUUCAUCCAGACAAAGAAAUGCAGCCAGUGGAAGUGUACAGUAGGAGGUGUCCCAUCGCUGCUCUACCAGGAGAACCGCCAAUGCCUUGGCAGUGCAGUUCAGGUGCUUGAAUGGUUCUCUGUGUCUUUUGGCAAAGGGAACUUCAGGAGACUUCCGGGCGCAGAAUCUCCAGCAGCCAAGAUCUUUCUCCCCGUGCAGCCCUCUGGGGUAUUAUACUAAAGAAGAGAAAAGCAGUACAUUUUUGUAGAGUAACUUUUGCCCCCUGCAGACCUCUCUCAAGCUUUUAAAUCAGAAAGGAAGGUCACUGGGUUGUUUUUAUUUUAUUCUUUUUUUUUUUUACAGAAAGGGGUCCAGACCUGUCUCCCUUCUUGCAAAGCUCAGAAACAGCACUGUAGAUGUGUUAGAAAAAGUCACAAAGUAAGGUGUGUGUUUGGAUGAUGGGGAGCUGCUUCUCUUUCCUAGCAGGCCAGGGACCGAAGAUAUCUGACCAUUCCCUUGGGAUCUGACUCCCAGGGCACCAUGGCUGUUCCCCCACUUGACUAGCACGUUCUGAUAUGAGCAAUGGCGAAUCUUCUAAGCGAGGGGGACAAGGCGCUUACCGGAUCUAAGUGUCCCAGUGCCAUCCCUGUUUUCAGCGACUUUGCAUAACUGGGCAAUAAGAAAGCUCCUUUUCUUGGACCCAAGGUGACACUCUGCUGUUGCAUGAUAGGAGCCCCCCUUUGGAUAUAGAAAAAUACCCGCUUUUCACAUACAGGCCCUUGCCGUGAGCUGCCAACUUCCCAUGCAGCAGAGGGAGUGUCCUGAUUACUUGCACUGCAGUUUUUCCAAGGCAAGGAGUUGGGCAGAACAAGGUCCCGGGGGUGGGAGGGGCAGGCUGCAGUGCUGCAAAACCAUUUUUUUCAACUCCAGGGCAAAAGGGAUCUCUUCAGCUCCUUUGCAGAGGAUGAUGGUAGGGAUAGGAGCCUGCUCAUUUUCAAGAGACGCCUGCAGUCGUUCUCCGGAACUGCCCAAGUUGCUUAGUACCCCUCACUUUGACAACGGUACCUAAUUUUCUUCCGUAAUCUCAGCUCUAGCUGGAUAUCCACUUCACAUUCAUGGCUACUUCUAACUGCCCUCCCCGCCCCUUCCUUCUGGUUGCCAGCCUGGAAACUCUUGAAAUCGUGAACAGAACCAGAAGCCAUGUUAGGUCACGUCAAACUAAGCGACAGACAGGAACAGUAGCUUCUUGUUAGGGAGGCAGUGCAGUGAUUCCCUUUGAGACAAAUACAUGGUAGGUAUUGAUGGGGCAGAUUGCGCGCGGCAACAUACGAUUAUGAUGAAAAAGGUUCCUGCUUGCUUGCUCAGCAAGGAGAUACCCAGCCUCCUUGUUGCCUGGUGUCUUUUACAAGUCCUUUAAAAGAUAGUCUGGCAGUGUUUUAUUGGAUGAAGAUGUAUUCUCCCUCCAAGAACCUUCUACCCCCCCCCCUCCAGAAACAGAACAGAAAGAGCCUCUGUUCUGUUGUAUUGCUUUCCUACAGAUUUUUAUUUCUCAGCAAAGGUGGGGAAGUCAUUUGCCUCGAGAGGGCCCUUGCUUGACUUUGGAAAUAACUCUUGUGCCUUAACUUCUCCCCAGAGUCCCGGAAAUGUCAACAGUUGCGUAGAAGAGUGAGUGGUGAGCCUGCACCUCUUCCGUAUUGAGAGUUAAUCCUUGAUUCUAUUUUUUUAAGCACUCUCGGUCAGCAUAGCCAGUAGAUGUUGAGCCACCAGGAAACUGGCAAGCAUGGCUCAGAGUUUUCUUCUCCAUAAAGAAGCCCCUUGCCAGGUUUCGGAAACACCUUUGGCCACAUGGGAAGCUUUUUGCGUCAGAUUCUGAUAUUUAUAAUGCCUCCUCUCUGAUACAGAUAGGCUGAUUUGUUUCCCUAAACCACUCAGGGUGACGGUACGUUUUCUGUAUCAACUUUUAUAAAAGUCGGUUCAGCUCUUGCACCACUUAAAUUUGCUGGCUGCUUUUCUCUUGGGUCUUCAUAGUGUGUGGAAACCAGCGUGUUGCCGCUUCCCUUCCCACUAUUUAGCUUUCAAGCACGCCCCUAGUCCUUUCUAAUGCAAAGGUGGAUGAACUGGCAUCUAAGUACGUGGGAGGCUGUCAUCUCCCACCAAGUGUGAGAAGUGGGCUACAACUGCAACUACGUACAGUACGCAAAAGUAAAUUACAGUUGCUGAUUCUCCCUCAGGGUCCUGUCGAUGUCCUGAACUGGUGUCAGCUGUGCUUACGAUAGUGAUUGGAGGGCAUUAAUGGCUAUAUAGAUUCCUCAAACAUCAUGUUCUAUGUAAUGGCAACUGUCCUGUGAACUGGAAAAAAAAUAAAGUCUUUUAUUUUCUAUACAACCCCCCAAUUGUUCUUUUUUCCACCCCCCUUUUUCUGGAAAUUCUACCCAGAAUUACUCUCAGGUCUGGAUAGCUGGGGGAUUGUGAUUUCCCCCCAAAUAAUUGGGGAUCAGAAAUCCUAGCUGAUCUACUGAAAGUCACCACGCUCUACCAGCUCUACAUGUCUUUUGCUCAAUCAGCUCUACAUGUCUUUUGCCCUACCCUACCCUGAGGGCUUAUUCAAGGUGCUCUCUGUGAAACAGAAGAUAAAUCUAAACCCCUCACUUUUCUCAAGUGGUGUCAGUGGAAUCUUGGGCUUUAUAGUUGGCUCUGCCCUUAAACGCCUAUCACCAGCAAGUUAUCUCAUCACACCCAAAAUACUAGAGACAGUUGCCAUGUAUUUAAACAAGCACUGAGUGAAAUGCAAGCAUAUCCUUUGAAAAUGGAUUCUGCCUGCUUUUUUUUCCUUUUCCUUUUUUGCCUCCAAAUGUGCUGUUUGCAAUAAACAUAAAUGUCAAAAGC